UUUUUCUCCUCUGUCGAUACCACUGUACAGAUGUGCUAUGAUAGAAUACCAGUCUUCUUAGCAUCAGCUACCUGUCAACUAUUGUAUCCUAAUGUCUUAUGUGAGAUUCACCCCAGCCAAAGCCCAGCAAGGCCAUGCUCACACUAUGACCGCUACAAUGGUUUGGUCUGUAAUGUUGACGGUCCUGAUACAUAUUUUCUUGGUGUCCCAUGGUGCUCAGUGUUUGGAGCCUGAGGUCGGAGCCUCUCUCCGGGCAGGUGCCCUGGACCUCCCAUGGCAGGAUGAGCUGUGCUGUGACUCACCUUCAGCCCACCUUGAUAUUGAGGGAGGCGGCAUGCACGCACAAGAGACAAACCGCUCUGAAUCAGACCUCCCACACCAUCCCCGCUGCAGUUACAAGAGCUCGACAACCAAAUCAAAUCCACGAGAGCCCACUGGCGGCACCUGUUUGGACAUAUUGUGCAGAAUUGAUGAAAACUGGGAAAAAUUAACUUGUGAUCUUCAGUCUCACGUCCAACCGUCAACAACUCUGGAUGCCGGUCUUAUGGCGGUCAGCUUACAGCCGCUGAUGUCCCAGACAGAGGAUUCACAGGUGAACAGUGGGAAUACUACGUCUGAUAAUCCUGUUGUUUGCGAAGCGGAGGAUUCCUUCAUGUGUUCAGUGGCUCUCGACACCACAAGCUUUGUCACCAUGGUAACUGUCAGCAUCUCCAACGCCAAAGCUCCGCCAGUUCUGCUCAGAGUUCCUGCCCGACCUGUGAAACCGAGUCCUCCAGUCAACCUCUCACAUAUUCAGACCAUCGAAGCAGAACUGAUUUUACACUGGGACGACCCAUCAGACUUUGAUAACAGCCCACUGAGAUAUGAGGUCCGAUACUCCUUUAACAACACGCAUCCAGACUGGCAGGUGGUGUCUGCACCUGGAGAGCCCAGACUGUCUCUGAAUCUGAAGCCCAAACUAAACUACACCAUCCAGGUUCGCUGUUCCGGCCUGAAUGAGCCUCCACUGUGGAGCGACUGGAGUGAAAGUCACCACAUCUUCCUGGACACGGUGAGCUACAUCCCUGAGAAAGUGGUGGCACGACCGGGGGAGAACGUAACAGUGUAUUGUGUGUUCAACGACCACAGCAUCAACGCCAGCACAGCCAUGUGGAUGCUCAACUUCCAGCAGCCACUUCAUCGCAGCCAGUACCACCCAAUCAGCCAAUGGGUCAGCCAGAUCACAGUGCGCCCUUCAGAGAGCCGGAUGUAUGAUCUGCUGCGGUGCACUCGGGGAUGGAGCCGCCCUUACAGCCAGAUCUAUGUAGAGGGAGCUUCUAUCGAUAUAGACUGUAAAACCAACGGUGAUAUCAAUGCUAUGGACUGCAGCUGGAAGGACAAACAGUGGACCAAUUCCAAAUUUCAAUCCAGGUGGGCUGACGUGCUAUGUGAUGUGAUGGAGAAGAGGGAGAGAGCGGGUGAGAUAGUGGGGGAGAUGGGGCCUGCUUGCCUGCCCAUCACAUCCGGGAAGAAAACCUGCACCAUCCAGCCUCUGAGGAUGAACUGCUACAAGCUGUGGCUGGAGGUGUCGUCCCAGCUGGGCCCUGUCAGGUCCAAACCCAUCUACCUGUCACCCAUAGAUCACGUGAAACCCCACACACCCAAUAAUGUGAAGGCAGUGACUCGGAGCAGUGGCGUCCUGUCAGUCACUUGGGAGCCCCCAUCUCUGCCGGUCGGGGGGCUCAAAUGUCAGUUUCGGUACCACUCGCUGUCCACAAUGAGAAGCCAGCCAGAGUGGAAGGUCCAGAGUCCAGUGCGGGUUUCUUUUGUGGAAGUUGUGGUGCCUGAUAUGUGCCGGGUCUAUGUGGUGCAAGUACGCUGCAUGCAUGCCAACGGCACUGGCUACUGGAGUGACUGGAGUGACUCCAUCUACUCCACUCCAGACAACAGCAGAGCUCCUGAGCGUGGCCCUGAUUUCUGGAGAAUUCUUCAAGACGAUCCAUACAGAAACCAGACUAAUGUCACUCUGCUGUUUGAGGAUCUCCCAGUAUCAGGGCAAUCCUACUGUGUGGAUGGAUUUAUAGUUCAGCACCAAACCCAGAGUGGCACAGUGAUGAGGAAGCGGAUUGACGUGGCAUCGUCCUACAGCUUUGAGUGGAACCAGGAGCCUCAAACUGUGACUGUGGAGGCCUACAAUAGUCUGGGGAGCUCUGCUAGCAACACCAACAUGACGCUGGAGAGACAGCCCAAACGCCGCUGUGUGCAUUCGUUCCGCGUGAUGGUCAUCAACAGCACCUGCGUGUCGCUGUCCUGGAGCCUGCUGGACAACAGCUCUGUGCCUCUGUUCAUGGUGGUCCAGUGGUUAACACAGAGGCAGCAGGAGUCUGAUCAUCACAAAGGCCAGAGUGGAGAAACAUGGGCCAGGCUUCCCUACACUGACCGUCCCGUCUAUCUGAGAGGUAAUUUCUUUGGUUCUGAGGAAUAUGGAUUCUACUUGUACCCUGUGUUUGCUCAGGGAGAAGGGGAGCCAGUGUACACUAUGGCUGCCAGAGGAGACCCUGCAGCCUACAUGAUGCUGAUGAUCAUCUCCUUCCUUUCAAUUGUCCUGCUUGUCACUCUGGUCCUCUCCCAAAACCAGAUGAAAAAGAUUGUGUGGAAAGAUGUACCCAACCCAAACAAGUGUUCAUGGGCUAAAGGACUAGACUUCAAAAAGGCUGACACCUUUGACCACCUGUUCAGACCACCAGAGGGCCUGCCAGCCUGGCCGCUGCUGCUGCCUUCUGAGAACGUCUCCAAAGUUGUCAUAGUGGACAAAGCUGACCUCUCAGCCCUGACCACAGCCCUGGUCCAAACCCCACUUGUGUCCCUGACUCCCGACCCAGCCACUGCCUUAGCUAUCUCCAUUCCUCCAGGGUUUGACUCAGAGGUCAGCCAAACCAAGUUCAUUGUGAGUGAGGUGUUAAUGAAUGAAGCUCCUUCCAUAGCCCUUAAUCUGGAUGCUUUAACCAGUUCACACCCACGGAUAGAUGAGUUACCACCAGUCAAUGCCCAGGAAGACCAGGCCCCAGGCAGUGCUGACAGUUCUGCCCAGUCUUCAGUCACAUAUGCCACCGUUCUGCUCUCUAACCCAAAGCAACAGCUGAUUCAUCUCCACUACAAGGAUGCUAGUGGCAGCAGCUCCAGUGAUGAGGGCAAUUUCUCUGCCAACAACUCCGACAUUUCAGGAUCUUUCCCCGGUGGCCUGUGGGAGCUGGACAGCUGUCGGGGCGGGGAGAUGGACGACCCGCGGCGUUCCUGCUCCUACAACUCUGUGGAGGAGCUUUCCGAAACAUCAGAGCAGGAAGACGAAGGAGGAGAGGUGAGAGAGGAGAAGGACUUGUAUUAUCUAGGAAUGGACUAUCGAGCAGAGGAUGAGGAGAGUGAGGAAGAGGAGGAGCAGAGAGAAGAGGAGACGAAAAUUGAGCUGCUUAAAAAUGUAGUUUUGAACAGAGAAGACUGUUCUGUGGAGUCUCACCCUUUGCUCGGGCCCGAGGACUCGAGCGAGCCCACAGAGCCGCUGUCACCGUCGACAUGCAGCUUUUCCCCGCUGUAUAUGCCUCAGUUCAGAACUGCCACGUGCACAAGGCAGGUACAGGACAGCAAACCCCAACUGUGACCCUCACACAAACUGCAUUUAAAUGAACAUGUGCAUCAUUAAAUCCGUUGUGUUGUGGACUGCGUCGUGAUUCAGCAUUUACCAAAGCGGAUUUGCAUCUGUCCCCUUAGACAUAGUGAGGUGUGGAGCUGGAAAAUGUAAAAAUACCUCCACUAAUGUAUGAUUGCAAAUUGAUAUUAGUCAAUGCUGCUAUUGUGUUCUGAUGGAAAAGACGUCAGGUGGGCACAUGCCUCAUUCCCAGGCAUUUAUUUCUUUCUUUAUGGGGCUUUAAAAGCCUGAUUCUACUGUGCCACACUGCUCCUCUAGCAUCAGUUAUUGAUGUAGGAGCUUUGGCUAGGAAAAAUGAGCUCACAUAUUUUCAGUGGAAGGAAGACUAGUGGAAUAAUGCACAGUUCAUGCUGAAAGUGCGCAGCAGUCAGACUGUACAGGCAGUAUAUUGGUAAUCAGGAAGGGAGUGAUAGGGGAGGUAGGCGUCAUGUGGCUUCAAACAUCCCAUACAUACAGUGUAUUUCACCGGUUGGCAUCCAUUAAAUGCAUAUAAAAAUAUAUAGGAAAUGCUCUGUGUACCUACAUCCACUCAUCUGCUCCUAUCUUGAUGUGGAAAAGACAUUCUCUGCUGAAUUCUUUCGGCUGCAUUUUAAGCAAAACAUGAAAGAGUUUCAAAGAGAAUAGAUAUAAUAGAUAAACACAGAAAGCGAGAAAGAAAGGCCCAUAAUCUGCAGUUUUGGCUUUGUCUAAGCACAUUCGACUGUGAAGUGAAGGUAGAACUUGGAUGUCACUUCAGAGCUACUGGUGUGACUAAAAGAAACCAGGUGAUGAUGAAAACAGCUGUAGUCAGUGAGUAACUGCAGGUGAUUUUUUUGGGCACAGAAUUCACUGCAUUCAUCUGCAGCUUGCACAACAACAUCUGCAUGGACUAACUCACCCACCAACCCAAAGAAUGUCUUUUUGUACUUUGUGCUGUAAUGUAAUUGAGACUUUGUUACAGUAUAUGAGAAAUGUGAUAUCUAUUUUUCUGUGUUUGGCUAACACCUGCUGUCUGGUGUAAAUUAAAGACAAAAGAAUGUAUAUUUGAAACCAGAGGAAGAAGACAGAAAUUGAAAUUAACGGAACUAUUGAAACAUGGUUGACAGAAAUUGUUUAUUGUAUAUGCAGAUCUUUUGUCUAUUUUUCAUGGUGAAAAUAAAGUAUUUAUUGUGACUCUG